AAUUUCAAAAUCAAAUUUAUUCCUUUCUUUGUUUGAUUCGCUCAAAUUUUUACAAGCUGUAGUAUUAUGAAUGAAAGAGAUACAGAAAACUCGCGGCUUUUAAGUUCAACCCAGAAUCUGGAAGUUGAGGAGGAUGGUGAAGAAGAGGGAGAUGAUAAUGAGAAAGUUUCAAAAUGUUGUAUUUAUCCAUUGAUAUCGAUUAUAAUUUGUCUGGUAAUAAUUGCGAUCUGCAUGGGCGCGGUAAUCGUGUUCUGGAGGAUGGAUAGUGCCCCGCAGGCAAUUUGUAAAACGGAUCAUAACAAGACCCGAGAUGUUUGUAAGACAGCGGAGUGUAUCACGUUGUCCAGUACCUUGCUCAACUGGCAGAACACUAACAUCGACCCCUGUGAGGAUUUCUACGAGUACUCCUGUGGCAGGUACCAGGAGCACACGUUGAACGACGGGAUCCGUGCCAACGAGAAGGACACUAUUGUGAUGAAGCUUAUUAGGCAAUUCGUCUUGAAAAACCAAUCUACCACGUCUAAUUCCGAGAAUGCGCUGAUGUUGCUCUAUGAGAAAUGCUCGUUGCGGUAUAGAAUGGAGAAUCGACACCAGGAAACGGAAGUAAUUCAACGUGAAGUGUUCGAGAACAUUCGGAAGAUUGGCUCCUGGCCAAUUGCGGAUAAAAAUUGGAAUAGCUCUCAUUUUAAUCUAAAUAAUAUGCUCUCAAACAUGGCCUCAAUCCAUAUGCUCCCGUUUGGACUUUUCGAGACGCGAGUCAUAGAGCUCUAUCCGAUGAAUACGACAGCUAAGCAGCUUGUGAUUAGGCCUACCAAACUGAAAUUCUCGAUUCCACAGGAGGAGUUGGUCAGGGCCAUUCGAGAUCUGCUCAGCGUGAAUGGGAUCACCUCAAUUAUGAAGAAAGUGAAGGAAGAUGUCGCGGAGAGUUUUGCGCUUGAUAAGGAGAUUGGAAAUAUCCAUAUUGACCCCCAGCCGAAGCCAGCGACACUGUCGGAGCUCCAGAAAGCCGUGCCUGAUAUCGACUUUGAGCGGAUCAUAAAGAGCUAUUUGAAUCCUAAAACUGGAAAUUGGUCGAGCUUGAGAACGAAAAUUUUCUCUGCGAGAUUUGAGUUGUUUUUCGGGAAGAAUAAUAAUCUCUCCAGCAUAAUUGCCCGAACGAAACCGCGGAUCCUUGCCAACUACCUCUUCCUGAAGUACAUCGAAUACGCCUACUUCUUCUUUUUCGACAACACCAAAGUAUUCUCAGACGAUGACUUUUGCACAGAGGUGGUCACUACGAGCCUUCCACGUGCUUCUCUCCGAGUCUUCGUGCGGAAUCACUUCAAGAAGGAGAAUAUGGCAGUGGCGUCGGAGAUUGUGGAAGUUGUAAAGACUGCGUAUGUGGAGAUAAUCAACAAUUCCACGUGGCUGCACAAUUCGACGAGGGAGAGCGCGAUCGAGAAAGUGGUGAAGAUGAAGAAGGUGAUCGGGUAUACGGAGGAGUAUGAGAGGACCGGAGCGCUGGAUGAGAUGUUUGAGACUCUUCAACUCUCCCGGAGCGAUAGCUUCUUCGUUCUGAUGACAAAGGUCAACCGAUUCAAAAUCGAACAGCUCAUGGACUUUGUGUCUUCCGACUCGCUGUUGAAUCCCAUCGAGCCUCUGGUCAUGGCCAACGCAUUCUACUUUCCCACCAAGAACCUGCUCAAUGUGCUCGUUCCGUUUCUCGACAAGCCGCUCUUCGACUUCAAAUACCCCCGCUACGUGGCAAUGGCUGGAGUUGGCCGGGUGUUGGCUCACGAGAUUGGCCACGCGUUUGAUAUAAAUGGCCGGCAAACUGACGAGAUUGGCAGGACGCGGGACUGGUGGACACGGGAGGAUACGGAGGAGUAUGAUAGGCGAAGUGAAUGCUUUGCGGAGCAAUUUACAAACUUCAAGGAUCCUAGUUUUAAAGGGAAGCAAAACGGAACCGAAGUUCUCGCUGAAAUCAUUGCGGAUGCUCUUGGAAUGGAAGCUUCAUGGAUUGCGUUCAAGAAGAUCAACCUGACUGAGGAACAGGGUCUCAUACAGUUUGAGGAUCACGAUUUUGGAAAGCUAUACUUUCAGGUUGCCGCUUUGGAUUUCUGUGCUCCGAGCCGGAUAGAAGAGAGAUAUUCUGAUCAGCUGAGCCACCCGACCAACAAAUUCCGCAUAAAUGGAGCAUUUUCCAACUCACGAGCCUUCGCCGACACGUACAAAUGUCCGGUUGGCUCGAAGAUGAAUCCAGUGCAGAGGUGCGAUAUGUUUUGAAUGGAACUAAAUACCGCGAAUAAAAAUUUUUGCAUUUUGCAA